AUGCGAAUGUCGUCGCGCUGGUGGGAUUUGCCAUGCUUCGCGCUCAUUCUCUGCCAGAUCUGGGGUGGCCAAGUCGCAGCCCAGAAUAAAUUCCUCCCGCCAUGGACGCAGGGUCCAGAUAAGAAUUAUUCGCGGAAUUUUGCCUAUAACACCGGCGAGAUUGUCAUCCUAGCAUGGGCGGCAAGCUUGACGAACGCAACGCUGGGCCUUUGGCAGGACAAUUAUCCGAACAAUGCGCAAGGAGGCCCUUCGGUAACACUUAUCAAUAACCUUAAUGGUACGACACAAAACUGGAAGGUAACCUACGGUGGUAUCAAUCCUUCCUUCCAUAAUGUAUACUACCUUCAAAUUGAUAAUGCGGGCGACAACGGCGCAACAUCGCACUACUUCAAUAUUAGCGAAGCACCGCUCUCGACGAGCAGCUCCGUAACGUCUACGCCUAUAUCGUCCAUCUCCUCAACUAGUACCCUAUCUACCACGGUCACGACUACAUCCCCACCUGCGACUGUUACCGUAACAAGCAAAGGCAGCAGUUUGAGUCCAGGAGAUGCCGCUGGAGUGGUAUUAGGGUGUGUAGUUGGGGUUGCGCUUGUGCUCGGUACACUUUGGUGGUUCUGGAGAGCGAGAAAGCAACGAGUUCAGGCGGACGGUGCGAACUCCUGGGCAAUCACUCAGCAAGCGACAAAGCAGGGGCAUGAGUUGGCCGGAUCUAGGAUAGAACAUGAGUUGCCUGGGACUGAUAGGCGGAGAAGUCAGGUCCAUGAGACAUUGGGAUCGACUACAUUUUCGAACUAGAAAAAAAUCAAAGGUUUAAUAAAGGCAGUGCGUGUUUGGUUAUUGAAUGUGAAGGGGG